UUAGAGAAGGGUUGUAAUGAGUGUGCGCCUGAAGUUAAAGAGGCAGCGAUAUUAGGGGAGUAGCACCGCGGCACAUUUCAAAGCGUUUUCUCGGCGAUAUUUGAAAAACGGAGUCGUGUGGUGAACUCCUGCGUGUCCCUUUUAAAACAAACCCAGCGCCUGUCAAUCACCGCACAUUCCAACCAAUCCCAAAGCUCCCUUUUUAAAAGCAGGUUUGCCUGCUGUGCUUUUAUAUUGCACCAUGGCCUGUUUCGAAGUAUUUUUUUUUUUUUUACAACCACGGUUAUUGCCACAAAUCAAGAGGGCAAAGUGAACCGGCAUGGGACUCACACCAACUCGAACGAAACUGAAUCUGGUUGCAGCUUCCGCGAUGUUCCCGGCCAAGAAUUUCACAUGCAGAUGAUAUACAGCAAGGGGGGAGAGGAGGAAAAAAAAAAAACAACCAGCAACAUGGGAGCGGGAUUUCUAGGUGCAUCCUGACUGCUUGCACUGGUUGAUUUCUGCAAACUCACAACAAAACAUGACAAGCCUUUCGAGGUUUAGUGGCUGCCCUCUCUCUUGCGUCAACCCCGGGGAGAGCAAUACUGAACCCAGCGUGGUGCUGCCACCUUUGGCAGGGGAGCACAUGGGACACCCCACUGGCAGUUCCUUAAAACUCUGCCCCUCGCACAAUUUGCGAGACUACCCCGAGACGAGGUCCAGUGCAUAUGUUGACCACUCGGUUCCCAGUUUUUCAGACUCUGGAUAUCCCAGUCACCGGUUAGAGCACAGCCCUAGGGGCAUUAUCAUUGGAGCCAAUCUCUCUGGAGCCGGCAUGCCACCUGUCACUGAUCAACUGGCACCAAGACCUAACCAACAUGGCGGGAUGGGGAGGUACCGGGACUUUGCUGGCUGCAGGGACAACAGGAGCCACGCGUUUUUCGCCAGCUACCAGGAGCAGGCCCACGCCUCCACGGACGCGCCCCGCGACUUCGGCGGCCAGAUGAUGCUGGGUCUACCUGGCGACCUCCUAACCCGGAGUCACUCCUACGGCCAGACCAUCAGCCCCAAGGGAAACGGACAGCAGAUCGUCACCCAGUUCCUGGGUCUCUACAAGCCUCUGAACAUGGCGAUCCAGCGUGGGGGAGCCGACGCCUUCCUCAGGUGCUCCAAGCAGGCGAUCAAGCACGAGCUGGUGUGCAAGUGGAGUGACGGCAAAGACGCAGGGACGGGGAAGCUGCCCUGCUCCAGAGCCUUCGGGACCAUGUAUGAACUUGUCACCCAUGUGACAGUGGAGCACGUCGGAGGACCCGAGCACGCCGAAUACAUUUGUCACUGGGAGAACUGUGCGAGGGACAGGAAGCCUUUCAAAGCAAAAUACAAGCUGGUGAACCACGUCAGGGUCCACACUGGGGAGAAGCCCUUUCCCUGUCCAUUUCACGGCUGUGAGAAAGUUUUUGCCAGAUCAGAGAAUCUAAAGAUCCAUAAGAGGACUCACACAGGUGAAAAGCCGUUUAAAUGCGAGUUUGAGGGCUGCAACCGGAGAUUUGCGAACAGCAGUGACAGAAAGAAGCACUCCCACGUCCACUCCAGUGAUAAACCCUACAUGUGCAAGGUCAGGGGCUGUGACAAGUGCUACACCCACCCGAGCUCUCUGCGGAAGCACAUGAAGCUCCACUGCACCAAGGAGGACGUGGCCAAAGGCGGCGACGCACGUCCCAGUGACGAGGGGCAUGCUGCGGAGGGCAGGCCGGCCCGAGCGUCGGACGUGGGCCAGAUCAGCCCCCCUCACGCCCCCACCUCCACUCAGGAUGUCCACCUGUCCCCUGAGAGCCGGGACGAGUCGACCCCGAGGUCGCGCUUCCAUCACGCGUUUGACAGCAGCUUGGACUACUCGGCGCACAGGUCGCAGCCCCUCUUGGACCCUUUGUUGCUGCAGAGGGGCAGCUACAGGUCUCAAUCUUCCCAGUACCCCUGCGGCCAGACUGGUCACGCGUUUGCCCAGACCCCGCGGACUUUCUCCUCAGCGUCCCCCUUUCAGAAGAGCAUCGUGAACGGAUGGUACACAUGCCACAGUGGCGUGGACUCCUUCCCACCAAAGCAGUGCAACAACAUCCCCUCCCUCUGAGGGCCCGAGCACAAACUGUGGGCCUUUGUUUUCAUGUUGUAGCCUAAAAACCUAACAGCUGUGUCUCUUUUACUCUGUGUACGUCUGUGAAUGCUGUAUGAAAUAGUUUCUGAAAAGUCCUUUUGGAUUCUGCAUCGCGAAAUGUGGCAAACUUCUGUUUUCCUUGUUGCCCCUCGAUCGGCGUCAUCUACCUAGCAGGCUUCGUGAGCGAAUACGUGUUGCAUAACUUUCCAAAACUGACGGUCAGUCAGAUAAAUGAAAAGAAACGUAUCGCUUUUAAUGCAACAUUUUUAUGGAUAUAAUUAUCGGCGCAGUGAGCAUUCUGAACCUAAAAUCUAACAGGAAAGUUAAAAAAAUAAAUCUGAAUGUAGCCCUCACAGUAGGGGUCUUUGUUGAAUGUAAACUAGGUUUAAUGUAUGUCAAGAUUAAUAGAAAUAUUAUUCAUGACUUUAUGUAUAUCGCAGGAUGAAUCAUUAUCUGGGUGAUCUUUACUUGGGUUAAAUUUUGAGAUCUAACAAGCCUGCUUGGUGGGCCUGCAGCAUGAUUUGACUUUAAUUAAUAUACCGGCAGGCUCAUUAUUUUUUCCUUUUCCUUACCCUUGAUUAAGUUCAACAUUUUUGCUCCUUUUUCUCAUAAAACAUUGGUGCUUUAUAAUAUGUGUUUAUUUCGCAUUUCCGUGCAAAGUGAGUAAAACCACAGUGUUUGUGUUAAUGGUAAAAAAAAAAAAAAAAAA